AUGCUGACUCUGAACAACGUCCAACUUCAGCGAGUUACUCGCUUAUUACAACAAGAUUUGGAAGAGAAGACUAAGCAAAUGCUUCGUAUUCAAUGUGAUCAAAUAAUGCAAAUGAAGAAUGUUGGGCCAGAGUAUGAGUUUCUUGUACAAAUGGUCAAUUUGCUCCAUCGACAGAUUAGCGGAGAGCCGACUUGUGAAGAUACAUGCUGCUACACACUAGCACCUAUUGAUCAAUCCAGCAUGGUCAUGACACUGCCUCCCGAAAACGAUGAUCAGGAAAUGGAAGCCCAGCAUAUCUGUCGUCCUAUUGUUCACUCAUCUAUUUCCCAAGGAUCUUAUGCAAUUGAGUUGGAGAAUAAGAUCGUUCGACUGGAACAAAUCAUCGAUCAAUUAGAAGAAGACAAAGAAGCUGCCCAGUGCCAACAAGAGUACAAAGACAACGACAUUGAAAUGCUCAAAAAAGAGCUAAGGAUAAAAGAUGAAAUUGUUUCUCAACUAGAGCAGGACUUUAUGACUCUGGAAGAACAGCUGGCAAAUCUUCAAAGG